CCGUACAGCACACAACCUGACCUAAGUACAUACCUCAUACCACAACCAAUCCGGGAGAAUACACCGUACAACAACAUCAUCCUAUUCUUUACGUCGAAGGGGUCGCUCGUCUUUCGCCCACCCACAGCCGUAACUUACAUAUACUCAUAUACACCGCCGCCGCCGCCGCCGCUAUGGAGGGCCUCUUCUUCAAUGUCAAUGCCGGCUAUAUCGAGGGCAUUGUGCGAGGGUAUAGAAAUGGCCUGCUCACCAGCAUCAACUACUCUAACCUGACCCAGUGCGAGACCAUCGACGAUCUGAAGCUCCAACUGGGCCCUGCCUACGGCGAUUUUCUUGCCUCCCUCCCGCCGAACCCAUCGACCUCCAGCCUCGCCGCUAAGACGACCGACAAGCUCGUAUCCGAGUUUCGCUAUGUCCGCGCGAACGCCGUGGGAUCGCUCGCCCAGUUCCUCGACUACCUGACGUACGGCUAUAUGAUCGACAACGUGGCCCUGCUCAUCACCGGCACCCUGCACGAGCGCGACACACGCGAGCUGCUCGACCGCUGCCACCCGCUCGGCUGGUUUGAGACCAUGCCCGUACUCUGCGUCGCCACCAACAUCGAGGAUCUCUACAAUAGCGUCCUCAUCGAGACCCCUCUCGCCCCCUACUUUAAGGGUAGCCUGAGCCACCAGGACCUCGAUGAGCUCAACAUCGAGAUCGUGCGCAAUACCCUCUACAAGAACUACCUCGAGGACUUCUACCGCUUCGUCAACUCCCACCCGGACAUGGCCGGCACGCCGACCGCCGAAGUCAUGAGUGAGAUCCUCGAGUUCGAGGCCGACCGCCGCGCCAUCAACAUCACCCUCAACUCCUUCGGCACCGAGCUGAGCAAGGCCGACCGUAACAAGCUCUACCCCACCUUCGGCCGCCUCUACCCCGAGGGCACCUUGCUGCUCUCGCGGUCCGAAGACUUCGAAGGCGUCCGCCUCGCCGUCGAUGGCGUCUCCGACUACCGCGGCUUCUUUGACGCCGCCGGGCUCGGCGGCGGUCCCUCGGGCCCGGGGAACAUGGCCGGCGGGCCCGGCGGCGGCGAGCGCAGCCUCGAGGACAUGUUCUACCAGAAGGAGAUGGAGAUCUCGAAGAGCGCCUUCACCCGCCAGUUCACGUACGCCAUCGUCUACGCGUGGGUCAAGCUUAGGGAACAAGAAAUACGCAACAUCACGUGGAUCGCCGAGUGCAUAGCGCAAAAUCAGAAAGAGAGGAUCGGAAACUAUAUCAGCGUGUUCUAAUUCUUCAUCUGCCCUCCUCUUUCUCUCUCCCUACGCUUCCCGCGCGAGCCUUAUAGAACUAGAAAUAAUGGAUCGGGAUACCAAAGGGGAACUACGCGUCCGAAAGCUGUAUGAGUCGUCACGGCACGAUUGCUCCCGCGCUCUUUCUCAAAUCGAACGAACGAACGAACGAACGAACGAAGCAGAAAAACGGCGCCAUGUUUAUCUUGACUGGUAUGGGGCGGUUGAUCGAUGUCGCGGAUGGACGAGCGAAUAGUUGGUUAAUUCUAUGGAAGAGACAGCUCUCCCUCAUAGGAUGGCGGCCAGCGCCGGUGCCGUGUUGUACUAUACAUAAGCAGGUUUAUUGGUAUUUCGCAAAAUAUGUAUCUAGGACGCCUAGAAGUAUGAUAUGAUACACUUCCAAAUAGCAC